UGUCAAUUACAAGCGUCCCGUAGAACCAAAACAAACAGAGGAAGAAGCAUUGGAUGGGCUAGUCUUUACUUUUGAUGUUUCUGGACACAUACGGGGCAUACAUAACUGUAAUCAGUUCAACAGAGACACAAUGUCGAAUAUGGAGAAACACCUCUUCAACCUUAAAUUUGCUGCCAAAGAAUUACAACGCAACUCAAAGAAAUGUGACAAAGAGGAAAGGGCAGAGAAGGGCAAAGUGAAGAAGGCGAUCCAAAAAGGCAACACUGAGGUUGCCAGGAUCCAUGCGGAGAAUGCCAUCCGUCAGAAGAACCAGUCCAUCAACUUCCUAAGGAUGAGUGCCCGUGUGGAUGCGGUGGCAGCGCGGGUUCAGACUGCCGUCACCAUGAACCAGGUCACCAAGUCCAUGGCUGGGGUUGUGAAGUCUAUGGAUGCCACACUGAAGAGCAUGAAUCUGGAAAAGAUCUCUGCAUUGAUGGAUACAUUUGAGCACCAGUUUGAGACCUUGGAUGUGCAGACAGCUCAGAUGGAGGACACGAUGGGCAACACCACCACCCUGACUACACCACAAAAUGAAGUUGAUCUGCUGAUGCAUGAAAUGGCUGACGAAGCAGGGUUGGAUCUGACCAUGGAGCUCCCCCAGGGCCAGACUGGUUCAGUGGGCGCUAGCGUGGCAUCGACAGAACAGGACGAGCUUUCUCAGAGGCUGGCCAGACUGAGAGACCAGGUCUAGACUGGAGAAAGGGAAGGAGGACCCGAGGAGAGAGCAGGAUGGAGGAGGAGUGCUCUGUGCCUACAGGAGCCAUGAUCCCCCAACCACCCCAGGAGUGAUUGUGGGCUGUUGUCACUGGUUCAGAGGAGGAGCAUGCUCUGUGCUCCCUAUCAAGUACUGUCACAUCAUCACAUACAGUGGUAGUGACAACAAUGGCCAGUCCUGAUCUGCCCCCCGUCCCUCCUCUCAGUUCCACCCCUCCCUAAAAGAUAAAAAAAGCUAUGAUCCUCACACUCGUCACCAUAUCAGUAUUGAGUUGCACAUGUUUAUUUAAUCAUAUUUAAUAUUUAUUUCCUUCAAAUGUCGCCUUAGUUACGGCGUCACAAACGGCUGUACAUGCCCCCGGAAUGUAUCCAUGCAUCCUCAAGAUAUGCCCACAUUUUUAAUGUAAAAAGAAAAAAAGCCAAUGACAAAGCAUGAUGAAAUACUUUGGAGGUUGAGGUGGAUGACGUCACUAGUGCUCCUGUUGGUAUGCGUUGACGUGGCAUUGAAUCGACCUUCCAAGUGUUUCUUUUUGUGUUCCCUCUGCGUGGCUCUGAGCUUUGUGUGGAGAGAAAAUCCCAUCCAUUGUUGAUCCUCUGUCCUCAUGUCAGCUCAGCUGAAAAGCUUUUCUGUUCUCAUAGGACUAAAAGUCAAUAAAGAGUUUUUAACAUUUA